AUGGCGAAUGGAGGCUUCAAUGAGCAAGAUGAAGCCUCGUUAAGCCAAGGUGUAAAGGAGACAUUGAGGGAGUCAAGAAAGAGAGACAAGAAAGCUCUCUUCCUCAUUUAUCAAUCGGUGGAUGAAGAUACAUUUGAGAAGAUCUCCAAUGUAACGACGACCAAAGAAGCAUGGGAUGAACUUCAAACAUGCAACAAAGGAGUGGAACUGGUGAAAAAGAUUCGUCUUCAAACUCUUAGAGGUGAUUUUGAACGUUUAUUUAUGGAAGAGUCUGAGUCAAUUUAUGAUUAUUUUUCUCGAGUAUUGGCCGUAGUAAAUCAACUUAAAAUAAAUGGUGAAGAUGUUGAUGAGGUGAAAGUCAUGGAGAAAAUACUUCGCACUUUAAAUCCAAGUUUUGACUUCAUUGUUGCCAACAUUGAAGAAAACAGAGAUUUAAAGACCAUGACUAUUGAGCAACUCAUGGGUUCCUUACAAGCAUACAAAGAAAAACAAAAGAGAAAAAUUAAACAAAAGGAGGCUAUGGAGCAAAUACUACAACUCAACAUAAAGGAAGCAAAUUAUGCGAAUUACAAGAACCAAAGAGGACGAGGUCGUGGCCAAGAUCGUGGGCGUGGACGAGGACAUGGAGGAAAAGGAAGAGGCAGUUACAACAACUACUCUAACAAUGGAAAAAGAAGUUGGAAUCCACAAGCAACAAAAGGUCAUGGAAGAGGAAAUUCAUGGUCGAGGUGUGACAAAUCAUAA